GAACAUACUUCUUUGAGGAGAAAGGUCUUGCAUUUUCUCACUUUUGCAGGGUAGGCCAAGUCACUUGGAAUGGACUCGUGACUCAGACUUACUGGGAGUUCUUACCGGUGGAUGCGCCUCAGCCGCCUGGUACAAUGGCUCCGAGCAAGCUAUUAGCUGUUCUGAUGGUGUUGUUUGCAUCGUUGCAGACCAGUUUGGCGUUCACCAAACCUGGAAUAAAAGACUUGAGCCUUGAACUGGUUGCUCCCGGCGAUGUCUCUGUGAAGUGGAUGACGCUGACACUGUCGGAGAACGCCACCAUCGACUUCAAGGGCGUAUGCCACUCGGUAGGUGCGGCAACAGUUCAUUUGAAAUACCGACUGAUAACAACGCAGUGUUACCGCUAUCUAGACAGAUUCGACGAAAGUAUGGUAGUUCAGGAAGCCUUUGACUACAUGUACUUUCCCGUGUUGGGGACAGAGUGGGUGAACAUCUCUCAGAAUUGCAAAGCGAGUACGAGUGGUAGUGGCGAGCCGUUGUUGUUCACCGAGUUGGCUCCCGAGAGAGCCUGGCUGAAGGAUACCGCAUACAACAACACCUGUCUGGAUCCUGUGGCCGGACUGAAAGGGAACGCCAGCAAGGCUGUGGACGACAAGUCGUCCAAGGUACCUCCAAAUAUGCCAGUAGCAAAGGCACCAUCGUGGAAAGUGUCUACUGCACAGGUAACAGGAGUAAAUACACCAGCUGUGGAAACGCCAGUCAUGAAAGAGCCUGCAGUGAACCCCACAGGAACAAAGAAGCGGUCGCUAAGUGUGAGUGUGAGCGAUCUGAUGGAGGCCGUGCUUCAAGGGCGCACGCGGCGCAGCGCUCCGUUCUACAAGACGUUCGAGAAGGAGGUGGUGUGCACGACGACCAAGCGCCGGGUGUUUGCGCUGGUCUUCGCCGCGCAAGCUGACCCCGUGCCUAACGGUGGUGUUCUGAACGUCACCGUGGGUAUAACAGUAGAGAUGAAGAACCGCUGGGGAUACCUGUCUGCGCUCGACUAUCCCAAUCUGAUCUUCUACGGCAUCAUGACCGCCCUGUACUCGCUGUAUGCAUUCGGCUGGUUGCUUGCACUCAUGUGCCACUACAAGGAUUUGCUGCGUGUCCAGUUGUGGAUUGGCGCAGUCAUUGCCCUGGGUAUGGUUGAGAAGGUGUUGUUCUUCAGCGAGUAUUACCGUGGCAACGCCGAGGGCAGAGAGGGCAUGUCGUUGCUUGUUACUGCUGAGAUCGUGUCGGCGAGCAAGCGCACACUGGCCAGACUUCUCAUCAUCAUCAUCUCACUGGGCGUUGGCAUCGUACGGCCACGCCUUGGUUCCAAAGUCGUCCUCGUUGCCGGCAUCGGUAUCGUGUACUUCAUCGCCGCGUCGGUCGACGGUAUUUUGCGCGCCAUGGCCAGCUCCGAGGAAGUCGCCACGCCCAAGGGCAGUAUGCUGUCGGUGGCAAUUCUUCUGCUCGACGUCGGAAUUGUCUACUUCAUCUACAAGUCGAUCAAGGACACAAUGCGAAUACUGCGCCUGCUUCAAAACACAGUCAAGCUCUCGCUCCACCGGCACUUCUCCAACGCCAUCAUCUUCGCCAUGGUCACCUCCAUGGUGUUCUGCACAUGGGCGUACAUGCAAAUCCUCUCCUCGGCCUGCAUCCGCGACUGGCAGGAUAUCUGGCUGCUGAAUGGCUUCUGGCACAUUCUCUUCAGCCUCCUGCUGCUCUUCGUGAUGGUGCUGUGGAGGCCAUCGGAGGACAACAGCCGCUACGCUUACUCGUCGCCCGCCGAUCUCGCCAGCAAGGAGGACAAACCUGAGCAGAUGUCCAGUGACGGGUUUGAGAGUAUGAAGAUGCGCAACCUAGGUUAGGGAGUAACGUGAUAUUGGUGUGUUUACUUUCCUGUGUCUUGUUGCUGGUCAGGCUUUCCUUUUGUUCCUGACGAGUCAUCUUGUCUGUUCUUCGUUGCAAUAUUCAAUACUACGCACUAUAAAGCCCAUUAUUGUAACGAGGCGCAUAUGUAACGAUCCCACAAAAUUGACUAGUUUACGUGUACCAAAGGUAACGAUUCUCACUCAUUCUCAACGCUCAAUAGGGCAGUAUAUGUAUCGAUUUCUGUAUAACGAUUUCUGUUUUAACGACAAGUUUCUCCUCGUUAACUCGUUAGAGUUAGCACUUCGUUAUAUAAGUAUGGCUUUUACAGUGUUCAAUGAUCACGUAGCCUAAUUUGAUGAUGGUACAUGGUGCAGUGAACUGGUUUCAGUUCGACCUCCACCAAUUGCGCUCUCUGGCCGACCUCAGAAUUAUGUCGUUACUCGUGAAGUGUCCGUACUCGCAAAGCCCCUUUAAAGAUGUAUACUGAGUAUGAAUCCAUAUUUUGUAUAGUAUGACAUGCAAAAUCAAAAUGUGCUGUGCCCGUUACGUUUA